GGGCUUUCCGAAGCAGACAGUUUCCCACUUCCGUGAUGUAGCGAGGAUGCCGAACUGACUUGUGCUUCAUGGUAUCUCAUUGAAGUAACAACCGUUAUGCACGGGAUUUUAUUAGGCAAGAAUGACCAUCAAUUCUGGAACAAUAAAUAUGGAUCGAAACCACAAACCGAGACAUAUGGUGUUUUCAAAGAUGGAGAAGCUGUUAUUGGAAAUGCAGAACCCCAAAACUGGUGUUCCGGUGAAGUGUCAGAAAACAUUCCUCUCCACCAUUCCGUCAGUAUUCACAGGUUAUGACCUGAUCACAUGGCUGCGGCACCACCUGAACAUCAGUGAGGAGGACGUGAGCGAGGCACUGCACCUGGCCCAGCUGUUGUGCCAAUAUGGCUACUUCUUCCCCAUCACAGACAAUAAGACCCUCGUCGUUAAGGGGGACAUCUCGCUCUACAGGUUCCAGUGCCCCUUCUACUGGGCCUCGCAUAAUACAGAACCUGACAAUGUUACAUAUGCAAUCCAUCUGACCAAGCGAUCUAUGCGAAAUAAACAGAAACAUGGCUUGGAAGAUUAUGAACAGAACGUGUACAGCAAGCUGCAGAAGAUGUUGUGUGAUAAAUGGGAGACAAUUCAGACUCAGGCACAAGACCAAGUCAGAAUCGCUAAAGACAGGAAGAGGACAGAUAAAGUCAUCACUGACAGUCAAGAAAGGGCUUUCUGGAGAAUACACCGGCCACCGCCCGGACACAUAAGGGGAGUUGAAGGCGGACCGAAGAGAUACUUCAUGAUUAGUCAGAUGGACAACCGGAGAAAGAAUAAGAACUUUCUAGAGAAACAGGUUAGAUAUUUGAGGAAUGCUGUGAACAGAUGUAGAAUGAAGACGCUAAAGGCGAUUGAGAGCUAUGCCCAGAGACACGAGCAGUAUCAAGACAACGACAGUUUCCUUACUGCAGUGUUGCCCUCCAACCCAUGGAUAUCCGAAGACACCACUUUCUGGGAGCACUGUGAUGACUACAUCGAAAAUCCGACUGAGCGUCGAGUGAAGAAGUGGGCAUACAGUUUUCACGAGUUGCUGUCCGACUAUGUGGGGAGGGAAGAGUUUGAGAAAUUCCUCAAGAAGGAGUACAGCCAUGAGAACAUCCGCUUCUGGAAUGCCUGCGAAGACCUCAAGUUCUGUCCUCACUCCAAGGUCGCCGUCAUGAUAGACAGGAUCUAUGAUGAAUUCUUGAAUCCUGGGUCAGCCCAUGAGAUCAAUAUAGAUGGGAAGACCAUGGAAAUAGUCCAGCAGAACCUGAAGAAGGAGAAACCAGACAGGUUUACUUUUGAGGCUGCUCAGGAACAUAUCUUUCUGUUGAUGAAGAAAGACAGCUAUGCUCGCUUUCUCCGAUCGGAACAAUACAAGAGUCUAUUGGCUAAUGCACUGCAACCAGGGAACAAGAAAAAGCUAUUAAGCAGUAGCAUGUUCUUUAACUUUGGAAGUCGUAAAAAGACUCUGACUCCAAGUCCUCAGCCAAAGAGACGAAGCAGUGCUGGUAGUGACUUCGCAGACGGAGCAGGCUCAGUGGCCCAGCACUCCUACAGCACCGGAAACCUCCGGGAGUUGGAUGAUAAGGCUGUCGUAAUGAGGAGAGAACAGAAUUCUUCAGAUUCCAGUCUUUCAAGGUGGUAUAUUUCCAGUGAGACGUCCCCGACAAGGAAGUCCGAAAUAGGUUUGUUGGACAGCCCACGACGGAGCAAGCAGUUGGAAGUGCCAAAACACCUCUCUCUUCACAUGAGCGGCGAGAGAUCGAGGGGGGAGCCCUCAUCCUGUCUGGCGAUUACCGUCCCUAGCAAGACAAACAUUGUGGCCCCGUGGGAGGGCCCGCAAUAGACACAUGUAGCCCUGCUGUGUCGACCCUUGCAGUCAAAGCAUUCAGCAUGUCAAGGUCAAGGUCAAGGUUAUUAGCAGAUCUGUAUACGUCAUAACUAUUUCAGAAAAAACAUCUUUAUUGAAAGAUUUCUGAUGCUAUAUCUUAUUAUUACUAGGAUCCUAGACAUAAUAUGUGACUAGAUUGUGGUUGAAUGUAUGUCUCCUAGAAGACAGGUAUCUUGUCUUGUGAUGUAAGGGACUAUCACCAAUACAUGUUCAAAGGAUGAAAAUGAGAUGGUGGUUAAGGCUUUUGUCAAAAGAUGUUAGCAGGCAGGUGAGCUGUUUCUGGGCAGGAGGCAGUAGGAAUGUUCGAAGACCAACUGUUAAUUAUCAGUAUGGGCAAUGGCUGGAAUAUGCUUAAAAGUUGAAGAUACUUGUGUAAUUUAAGGGAGUUAUUUGUUGCUGUUUUGCUGAGUGCGUAGUGAGGUGGUGUUCCAGGGUCUGUGCUUGCACAGAGGUUUUGUAGCACUAAUAAAGCUGUUAAAGUACAGUAGCUGUAGCCCUACAAACAUUUUAGGGAUGUGUCCCUGGAUGGUUUGGACGUAGAUACAUACGGAAAUUAAUUGACAGGAUUUCAAGGUUGAAUGAUGCUCAUAAAGGCAAGAUAACAGUAUUGAAUCUUUUGAAAUAGUCAGAUAACCAUUUCGAUAUAUAUUGGCAAAGAAGGAAUGUCUUGUGAAACAUUACCAAUUUCAUAGGUACGAUGACUUUUAUGAAAUAUGCAUUUGGAUCAGGCCACAUGGUGACUUCAAAUGUAAGUUUGUUUCUGUUUUAUAUCAGCAUGAGGGCUGUGAAGUUUCAGGAGUGUUAAUUAAACAAUGUGACAUAUUUUUUUUUCAACUUGAAUUUAUUUCCUUCAUGUCACUUUCCAUCUGCUAUCAUGCGUUACACAGAUGGGUGACUGAGACACCGCUGCUGCUCUGACUGAAAGGGUUAAAGCUAGUUCCUCUAGCUCCACAAGGGUUAGAAUGGUGAUAACAUCUUCCCCAGGCAAGGGAGUUUACUGACUUUGAAAGUCCACUUUCCACCCUUGACGAACUAGGCUUGAAUUCCUUGGCUCGAUCGUAGCGCUACCAGUGGUUAUUAUGUCUCUUUUAAGCCUC